UUCACCCCCACACCGGCCGGAAGUAUCUCUCCAGGCGUCGUGGCGUGUACUCGAGCCUGGGGAUUCGUGGUGCUGGCGAGGCCGCAGGGAAGCCCAAGGGCAGCCUGUCCUUGCUGGGUGUCCAGGCCCAGCCUCAGCCCCAGCCCCAGCCCCAGCUCCCGGCCCGAGUUCCAGCCCGAGCUCCAGGCCCAGCCUCCCGGCCCUCAGGGGAUGGUAAAGGCUGCGGAUCAGAGAGCGAGGCCGUUCGGCCCGAGCUGCCCCCUUGAUAGAAGUAACCACAUUGUCUUAUUGAAUGACGAGGCAGACACACAGGAGGCUGGAAGAACACAGCAGGCCGGGCAGCAUCAGAGAAACCAACGUUUCAUCCUUUUAGGAAGCCUAUGUCAGAACAAAACCUGUUCCAGAACCAGCCCUGGAAAAAGGGUAAUACCCAAAAGGUUGACUUCUCUACCUCCUGAUGCUGCCUAACCUGCCAUGCUCUUCCAACCUCCAGUGUGCCUGGUUUGGAUUCCAGUAUCUACAGUUUUUUUGACUCUAGGCAGGUUUGAGGGGCUGAAUGGCCUAUUCCUGCUCAUUUAAAAAAAUUCUUAAGCCCUUACCUGUUGCACUACGUCAUGUGGCCUCUCUUGUGGGUUGCUAUCCGUACAUAUGCACCCUAUAUAACCUUUCCUGUGGCUUUUGUAGUUGGGGCAGUAGGAUACAACUUAGAGUGGUUUAUUCGUGGGGAGCAAAAGCAGCCAGUUGAAGAGAAAAGCAUUUUUGAAUUGCGUGAAGAGAGAAAACUUGCUGAAAUCACAGAUAAAGAUUGUACCAAAGUGCUAAGCCUAAAGGACAAACUUGAGUUCACGCCAAGGGCAGUGCUAAACAGGAAUCGACCAGACAAGGCCAGUAAUAGCUAGCCCACAAAAGAAAGCUAUCUUCCAAAUGCAGUUUGUGGAUGCCCGAUGACAGGACGUGUGUUGGAGUUCAAAUGCUCACCUGACUGAGAUUUUCCGAUUUCAGGGGAAAAUUGAAGUGGAGCUUGUUUUGCCAGUCUGCUGUGAAGUGAAAACUCUAAAUUCUCUACUUUUAUUGAUCCUUCAAGAAUUGAAAGCUCAGAGGAGUGGAAUAUGCUGUAUCCGGAUGAAUGUAUCUCAGUGCAAUUUCCAUUCCUUCCCACCACCACCACUACAACAAACCUGGAUCUAUUAACUGGUGCAUUUUGUCAUAAGUUAAUGAAAUGUCAAAAUUCUUGAUGUAUUAUGCAUUUAUUUAGAAUUAUUGUGGUUGGAAUAGGUAAAGGUUUUGUUACCAUUGAAAAUAAAGUUACUGAAGAAUGA